AUGUCAUCGCCUUCCAUCCCUCUUCCCCCAUUGCCCCCUAGCCCCCUGGCCAUGGAGUACUUAAACGAUUUCGACCUGCUCAAGUUCGAGUCUGGGUUGGAUGAGCGGUUUUCAGACGAGCAGCUCGUCAGUCUGUCUGUGCGCGAGCUGAACAGGCACCUGCGUGGUGUGAGUAAAGACGAGGUGGUGCGUCUGAAGCAAAAACGCCGCACCCUGAAGAACCGAGGUUAUGCUCAGUCCUGUCGUUACAAACGACUGCAGCAUCGACAUGCACUCGAGUCUGAGAAACACAUCCUCACACAGCAGCUGGAGCAGCUGCAGUGUGAGCUGUCCCGUGUUUUAAGAGAACGAGACGCCUACAAGGCUCGUUACGAGAAGCUUGUUAACUCCAGCGAGGCCCAGCCCACUCAGACCAACAACCCACCUUCUCCUCCUACAGACUAUUUCCUCUGAAAGGAAAGCAGGACUCCAAACUGCCAAACUGAAAGAAGAGAAACGGGCUACGUCACCGGGCCACCUAAGCUAUCAGAAAAAAACAUUGCAAAGACAUGAUGGGAGACUAGAGAAGGUGCUCAAUUGUGAAAGAUUCUAUUGAACCAAAGCUAGUCGAAUCUGAGUGUUAAAGUCGGGGGUUUCGC